AUGGGGCGACCGAGCACCAAAAACAAAACCACAGCCACCAACAAAGAGCCCGAAGACCCGACCGGAACUCUCUCCUUCAUCCCGCCCACCAUCAACCCUACUCCCCUCCUCCAAGGGCAAUCAUAUACAGUCUACUCGCCCUGUCCACAAGCAAUCCAACCCAUCGAUCCAACAGCUAUAACCACCAAUGACUCCAACAAACCUACGGAAUGCGUCCUGGGCGUCGACGAAGCCGGCCGCGGCCCUGUACUCGGCCCCAUGGUCUACAGCGCAUUUUAUUUACCUAAACACCUCGAACGACCCCUCUUGACGGAAGAAUAUAGUUUCGAUGAUAGUAAAGUGCUUACACCCGUCGUGCGCGCGCGGUUGAUGCAGUCGAUAUGUACGCCCGGUGCGUCCUUGCAUGAUUCCUGCGGUUGGGCUGUGAAAUUACUUUCUGCGCGAGAUAUAUCCGCUGGCAUGAUGAGGCCCAGUACCGGGGUUUAUAAUCUGAAUGCGCAGGCAAUGGAUGCCACUAUUGAGAUUAUACGAGGGGUGUUGAACGAGAAGCACAUCAAUGUGACGGAAGUGUAUAUUGAUACCAUUGGCAAUCCGGCGACGUAUCAGGCGAAGUUGCAACGGUUGUUCCCGACAUUAAGCAUAACGGUUGCGAAGAAGGCGGAUUCGUUGUAUCCGUGCGUUAGUGCAGCAAGUGUUGUGGCCAAGGUGACGAGGGAUGUUGCGCUGGAGAGUUGUUAUCAGGCGUUCUACCAACAAGAACCGAGCCAGGAUGUUGAGGAUACAGAUAUGAAAGACUCGGAGACAACACCUGCAACAAAAAAAGAAGCAGCAGGAUGGGGAAGCGGUUACCCCUCGGACUCCAAAUGCGUAAAUUGGCUUCGACAAAAUAUGGACUCCGUAUUCGGCUGGGGCAACGAGUGCAGAUUCAGCUGGGGCACCGCAAAGGAAAUGCUCGAGGGCAAGGAUGCGAUUAGGGUGGAUUGGCCUGCUGAUGAAGAUGAUGGAGCUGGACUCGCAGAUUUUUUGUCAGGGCCGCAGAGGUCGACGACAUCAGGGAAUUAUGAGGAUGUAGGGAAUUGGUAUGGGACGAGGGUUACUGCUUUCUAG